AUGGCAAACGAAGAUUUUAGCUUCGAGCAGAAGGCUAUAUCAUCACUAGGAGCAGUGAUUAAGCCUCCGAAGCCACUAUUAAUAGAUGAAAAUAUGGCGUUAAAGUGGAAACAGUGGUGGCGUCAGUUCCACUGGUAUGCAGUAGCAACCGAGUUGGACAGUAAACAACCACAUGUGCAAGCAGCAAUGCUGCUUAGUUGUAUUGGUGAAGACUGCAUUCGUGUGAUGGAUACCUUUGGCCUCACGGAAGCGCAAGAACGAGACAUAAACAUUCUGAGAGAGAGGUUCAAUGCAUACUUCGUGCCGAAAUCGUGUUUGACCUACGAAAGAUAUGUGUACGGCAAAAUAGUGCAACAUCCAGGAGAGCAAUUUGAUACGUUCCUAACUCGUGUGCGCGAACAAGCAAAAAAGUGCGCAUUUAGCGUGCUUAGUGAUUCAAUGGUUAAAGAUAAAAUUAUUUCUGGAACUGUUCAUACAAAAUUGAUCCCUCAGCUGCUCAACGAUGAUCUAGAUCUGCAAAAAACAAUUGACAUAUGCAGAAACCACGAACAAUCAGUGAAACAAACGCAAGUGAUGCUAGAAAAAUCGAGUGCUGAGGUGGAUUCGCUAGAACAGAAGAAAUUUGAGAAGCGAAGCACUAUUAACGAAGAAGCAUUUUGGUGUAACCGAUGUGGCUAUAAACACAGACAAAAAUCAUGUCCGGCUUUCAACAAAGUGUGCGUAAAGUGCAAGCGUAAAGGUCAUUUUGCGGAAAGAUGUUUUGGUUUGGGCGGCAGUGAGAAGCGAUGCAAUAAUUAUGUGCGAACGGUGUCAUGUGAAAAAGAUGAGAAUGAAACUGAAGAACUGUUAGUGGAAGAACUGUACAUCGGAGCGGUAAAUGACGAUGAUGAAAAUAGUGAUGAUGUUUGGUUUGAAUCAGUGCAAAUUAACGGAAAAAACGUUCGCUUGAAGCUCGAUACCGGAGCGGCGUGCAAUGUACUGCCAUAUAGUAUUUUUUGUAUGCUAGGAGGUCGAUUGAUGCCAUCGCCAACAAAGCGAUUAGUGUCGUACAGUAACCAUAAGUUGGAAGUGAAAGGGGAAGCGGUUCUUCCUGUAAUCGUCAAAGGGCGUCCAGAUACUGCAGUAUUUAAAAUAGUUGACGGUGACGUGGCGGCCAUCCUUGGUCGCAAAACUUGCGUUCGUUUAAACCUAGUUGCAAAAGUGGAACAAUUGUCGAUGGAUAAAUCGUUAUUUAGUGGUUUGGGAUGCGUGAAUGGAUUCGAAUACGAUAUCGAUCUGGCUGAAAAUCCAACGUUUCAGUACAAUCCUCCAAGAAGGAUUCCACAUUCACUUCGGGAUCAAGUGAAAGCCGAACUAGACGGCAUGGAGGAGCUCGGUGUGAUCGAGAAAAUCAGCGAGCCUACGCCUGUGUUGAACUCAAUGGUAAUUGUCAGGCAAAAAGGUAAGCUUCGUAUUUGCAUUGACCCUUCACAAGUGAAUAAAAAUAUACUUCGACGUGUUCAUCCACUCUCCACUAUUGAAGAAAUUUCGAGUCGAAUCUGCAAUUCAAAGUGGUUCACCGUGCUAGAUCUCAGAAAGGGUUUCUGGCAAAUUCCAGUUACAGAACGAACAAAGAAGUACCUAGCAUUUGGUACCCCUUGGGGACGGUAUACCUGUAAACGAUUACCAUUUGGGCUAGCCUCCGCGCCGGAAGUGUUUCAGAAGUUGAUGAACACGGUUUUAGAUGGUCUGCAAGGGGUGGAGAGUUCCAUGGAUGAUAUUUUGAUACAUGCUGCGACAAUAGAUAAGUUAAACGAAAUAACUAAAGAAGUUUUGCGUAGAUUAGAGGCUGCCGGUUUAAAGCUGAAUCGAGAAAAAUGCGUGUUUGCUAAACCGUCUCUGAAGUUCUUGGGUCAUAUAGUGUCACAAGAGGGUCUUAAGGCAGAUCCCGACAAACUCGCAGCAAUUGAACGUAUCAAACGCCCUGAAAAUAAGGUUCAACUUCAGCGCGUAUUGGGAAUGAUAACAUAUCUUGGAAAAUUCAUUGAAAAUCUUUCAGCAAUCACAGAACCUCUCAGGCAGUUGCUGAUCAAAAACGUUGAAUGGCUUUGGGGCGAAGAGCAGGAAAAAUCAUUUCAAAAAAUCAAAAACCUAAUGCAGUCUCCUCCGGUUUUAGCUUUUUAUGACAUCAAUGCUGAUAUAACGUUGUCAGUUGAUGCAAGUUCGAAGGCUCUAGGGGCAGUUUUACUACAGAAUGGUAAACCAGUUGCGUACGCAUCCAAAUCGCUCACAUCCGCUCAAGAAAAUUACCCUCCAAUCGAAAAAGAGGCUGCAGCUAUUAGGUUUGCCUGCAAUAGGUUUCAUGAAUAUGUUUACGGGAAAAACUUAAUCAUCGAAACGGACCACAAACCAUUGGAGUCCAUUAGCAAAAAAACACUAGACCGUGCACCUCCACGCUUGAAAAGGAUCCUGUUAGAUGUAUCUCAAUAUGCUCCCAGAAUAGUAUACAAGAAAGGUACGGAAAUCCCCAUCCCCGACAUACUAAGUAGAGAUGUUGAUAAUUGUCUCGAAAAAGAAACAUUCGAUGAGCUUGAGGUCCAUGUCGUUUUACAAAUGUCAAAAAUAGCUAGAUCGGAAAUAACGGAGGAGACAUCACAGGAUCCGGAAUUGAGUCAACUAAUAUCCACUAUAAUGAAUGGAUGGCCGCAUAAUAGACUAGAAGUUCCAGAAAUAAUAAGAAAAUAUUGGAAUUUUAGGGAUGAGCUGUCGGUUUACGAAGGAUUGGUCUUCCGGGCACAUCAAAUUUUGGUACCUAAUACUCUAAGGCAAAAAAUGUUGCUUUCAAUCCACGCGGGACAUGCAGGAACCCAAGGAAGUAUAAGGCGAGCGAAACAAAUGCUCUUUUGGAUAGGAAUGUAUAACGAUAUUACGAGGAUGGUUGAAAACUGUUCUGUAUGUGAGAAACAUCAACGUUCUACAACAAAACACGACAUUUUGGGAAACGAAAUUCCGACUUUACCGUUCGAAAUUGUGGGAUCAGAUUUAUUUCACUUUCAAGGAAGAGAUUACAUUUUGAUAGCAGAUAGUUAUUCUGGAUAUUUCGAUUUUGUAGAGUUGAGGGAAACUUCAUCGAAAUCAGUGAUGGUUGAGCUUAAACGGUGGUUCUCAAUGUUUGGAAUUCCUAGAAUACUCUAUACAGAUAAUGGCCCACAGUACUCUUCACUUGAAUUUAAUAACUUCAGCAAGAAGUGGACCUUUGAUCAUGUGACCUCUAGUCCGCAUUUUCCGAGGAGUAACGGCUUAUCUGAACGAUUCGUACAAACUGCGAAAAAUUUGUUGAGGCGUUGCACAGAUGAUGGUUCCGAUGUACAACUCGCCCUUCUGAUGCGAAGAAACACACCUCGAGACCAACAACUGCUAUCGCCUAAUCAGCGAUUAAUGGGUCGAGUUUUGCGAACAACCCUACCGACUACGAAGAAAGUGUUACAACCUAAGUUGGUCAAAGACGUCUCGGAGAAUUUAAGGCAGCUUCGAGACAAACAGAAGACGUAUGCUGAUCGUGGAACUUCCAAGGCUCCUGAAUUUGUGGAGGGUCAAAAUGUGGUAGUGCAAAAUACGAAGUCGCACCUCUGGGAAAAAGGGACUAUCAAUCGCAAACUAGAUCAGCCGCGAUCGUAUAUCGUCAAGUUUUCUAACAAUCGCCAUCUUCGCAGGAAUGUUCGAGACAUAAAGGCAUCUAAAACGAAUCCACUUGUACAUGAAGAUGGUGAUUCGUGUACCACCUACGUUCCGAGGCAGAGUGAGCAAUCUGAAACGACUACAAGAAACAAUCAAACAAAUUCAGAUGAAGGAGACGACGGAGAAAUUGCUGUACAACCAUCAACAGAAGAAUUCGUAAGAACGAGAAGUGGUAGAGAAGUUCGAAUGAGAAGAGAUAGUAGAUUUGAAUAUUAUUAA